UCUUGCUAGUGAUAACUAGAGCAUCAUCACUAGCUACUGCUAUAUCUAUAAUAUUAGAUCAUUUCGCUUUCUGCUAUAUAUACCAUUUUCACUCACCUUACCAUGUGAAUCAUGGAAUACCAACAAUCUUUUAGUGGCUCUUCCUCAUCUCACUCUAAACACCUUCAACCAGAGUUAACUUCUCUGUCUUCACAACGCAGCCUAAUAUCAGUUCCUUCCCUUAAUAACUCCCAAUCUCAACGCCAGAACACUCCCACGACCUACCAUCACUGCCUCACAACUCUCAAAGGCCACACUUCCUACAUAUCCUCUCUAACUCUUGCUGGCAACUUCCUCUACACUGGUUCAUCUGACAGAGAAAUCAAAUCAUGGAACCGCUCCCCUUUUCACUCUGAAUUCGACCCUGAACAUUCCACCACUCACAUGGUAAUUGCUGGAAAGGGUGCUGUGAAGUCCUUAGUGAUUCAAUAUGACAAGCUUUUUAGUGCUCACCAAGACCAUAAAAUUCGGGUUUGGAAGAUUAGUAACAAUGAAUCGAACCACCAAAAGUACACCCGUUUAGCCACUCUCCCAACGCUUGGUGACCGUGCCUCCAAGGUAUUGAUCCCAAAGAACCAUGUCCAAAUUCGAAGGCACAAAAAAUGCACAUGGGUUCAUCAUGUUGACACGGUUUCUGCUCUGGCCGUGUCCAAAGAUGGAACCUUGUUAUAUUCAGUUUCAUGGGAUAGGACAAUCAAAAUCUGGCGAACCAGUGACUUCACAUGCUUGGAAUCAGUGAACAACGCCCAUGAUGAUGCCAUAAAUGCUGUUGCAGUCUCUAAUGAUGGGCAUGUUUAUACUGGAUCAGCAGAUAAGAAAAUCAAGGUGUGGAAGAAAGGGCAAGGAGAAAAGAAACACUCACUGGUGGAUACCUUGGAGAAACACAACUCUGGGAUUAAUGCCUUGGCUCUGAGCAAUGAUGAGUCUCUGUUGUAUUCUGGUGCAUGUGACAGAUCUAUAUUGGUUUGGGAGAAAGAGGGAUAUGAUGGCAAAAUGGUUGUGGUGGGUGCGCUUAGGGGGCACACUAAGUCCAUAUUGUGUUUGGCUGUUGUAUUGGAUUUGGUGUGUAGUGGUUCUGCUGAUAAAACAAUUAGAAUUUGGAGAGGUGUUCAUACUGAAUAUUCAUGUUUAGCUGUUUUAGAAGGGCACACAGGUUCAAUUAAGUGCAUAACUGCAGUUGUUGAUCAUUCAAAUCCAUCGGAGUCAGAAGAAGCAUCUUUUCUAGUCUAUAGUGGCAGUUUGGAUUGUGACGUUAAGGUGUGGCAGAUUUUUGUUUCUGCUGUCUAAAUU